AUUGCUUAUUUCAGAGGCUACACUAAAUUAAAUAGCAAACGGCUUUCGGGCGCUACAGCCUAUAUAACACCCCUGCCAUUCGCAGGAAACGGAAUUCCCAUUAUUGCCUGUAAAGCAAUGUAAUAACACGAUUUGUGGUCGGUCUUGCUGACUAAGUCAGACACCUACUCCUCUUGCCUCGCCAGCAAUGGGCAAACGGACUCGCGCAGACUCAGCAAGGAAUGCCAAUCUUGCAAAGGCACUCGUCAAGAAGAAGAAAAUCAAUAACGAGAACAAAGAGAAUAUUAAUAUUCCAGCGCGAAUUUUGAUGCCUAAUGCGUCCGACGCGUCAAACACGCUGUUUCACGCGUUGAACGUGUCAGACAUGCCGGCCACAUCCAUUGGGGCUUUUUGUGAUGUGUGGGAAGUGUUGGCCAACCAAUCUGAGCAGCAGUCUCUCCACUUAGACAUGCCAGUGGUUGAGCAAUAUUUCCUGUCGGCUGAAGAAGAGGUGAUGUCUGAUUCGGAGCUACUACACACGGAGACUGAAAACUCAGAGGAUGAGGGUUUUGAUGCCUCGGAUGAUGCGGGAGAAGAGAUACAAGGCUCCGUGCAAGAUAAUGAGCUGCGAGAAGGCCAUAGACGUGUUUCACCCACCAUUCCUGCAUGUCAAUCAGCCCUCUUAGAUCUCAUCGAAAUCUUGAAUCCCCUCCGCAAAAAUGGAACUGGCCACUUAGCAUUUUCUGGGGACAAUAUCCUUCGAAAGCAUCUCGAAAUGAUAAGUUGGAAUGUGUCCCUGCUUGAUAAAGGGGACCUUGCCGAAGCUAUUCACAGGCACCUGCAAAGCAUCGGAAAAUAUGUCAGAGCACAGGACAUUGUUGAUUACCUUGCACAACCCAAUGUACAGCAGAAACACGGCUUGAAGAAGACAAUUUCCCUCGCAACUGCUCAACGGUGGAUGCACAUGAUGGAUUUUCGCUGGACGAAGUCUCUGUCAGGUCAAUAUGUCGACGGUCACGAACGUGACGACAUCGUUACAUACCGUCAAAAAAAAUUCCUACCGUCGAUUGCAGAACUCUUCAUACACAUGCGUACGUGGAAGGAUGGUCUUGAAGAAGCUAGUGAUGAGCCUCGCCCACACACCCAGCGUGUUGUCUUGUGGUUCCAUGACGAGUCCACGUUCUAUGCCAAUGACCGUCGCAAAGUUUACUGGGUGCACGGAAACGAAACUGCGAAGCCUCGUCCCAAAGGGGAAGGGGCCUCAUUGAUGGUCGCAGACUUCGUUUCAGCCGAUUACGGGUGGCUGCGCUCAAGUUGUGGUGAAGAAGCUGCCAGAAUACUUUUCCGUGCGGGAAAAUCCCGGGACGGCUACUUCACUAAUGCAUCAAUCCUCCAACAUGCUGAAUUGGCCAUGGACAUCCUUGAUCGACACUACCCACAUGACCAGCAUGUACUCGUCUUCGACAAUGCAAGUACCCACACGAAACGGGCUGACGAUGCACUUUCUGCUCGUCGCAUGCCAAAAUUCCCCACGAAGCCUGGGAACGUCCCAUUUGGAGUCGAGAGAACCAUGAUAGGCAGCGACGGCAAGCCAGUUCAUGGCACUGAUGGCAAAGCACUCAACGAAAAAGUGCGCAUGGCAGAUGAAGGUCAUGCACGUGCUGGCGGAUUCAAAGGCAUGGCCGAAAUUCUCAAGGAGCGUGGUUUCGAAGGCUGCAAAAAACUUUGUGCGGAGUGCCCGAACUUCCGGUUUGCUACACGAUCACUGCGUUUUAUGGACGCAUACCGCAAGGGUUUAAACAGCAAGCAAGCUGCAUUUGCGACGAAAAAGUAUCGUGGUCACCGCACUCUCCCACUGUCUGUUUUCGAUGAUCUCACCGAGCUCAAUUAA